GCAGCGGCGGCAGCUUGUUCUGGACUUCUAGCACAGUGUGCCGAGCAAGUGAUCGAGCAACAGCUACCAGAGAAGAUGGCCAGGCUUGGCGUUCUCAUCCUGGUCGCGCUGCUCGGCGCCGCCGCCGUGGCUGCUCAAGCUCCAGGGUCCAGCUCCAGCUACGGCUAUCCUCCGAGCCCGACCCCGCCGAGCCCAAGCCCACCCGCUCCGACUGCAAUCCUACCGGCCCAGACUCCCCCGCCCCCUGCUUCGUCGCGGCUAAGGUUCGACUUCUACAGGCGCUCGUGCCCCCGCGCGGAGGACAUCGUCAGGGAGGCCGUCAGGAACGGCACCAGCGUCAACCCCGGGCUCGGCGCCGGCCUCAUCCGCAUGGCCUUCCACGACUGCUUCGUCCAGGGCUGCGAUGCCUCCGUGCUGCUCGACCCGACGGCGGCGAACCCGCGCCCGGAGAAGCUCGGCCCGCCCAACUUCCCCAGCCUGCGCGGCUUCGAUGUGGUCGACGCCGCCAAGGACGCGCUGGAGAAGGCCUGCCCCGGCGUCGUCUCCUGCGCCGACGUCGUCCAGUUCGCCGCCCGCGACGCCGCCUUCUUCCUCAGCGGCUACAGGGUCUACUACCAGCUCCCCGCCGGCCGCUUCGACGGCCGCAUCUCCUUCGAGAACGAGACGCUCGCCUUCCUGCCCCCGCCCUCCUUCAACCUCACGCAGCUCGUCGACAGCUUCAAGGUCAAGGGCAUGAACGUCGACGACCUCGUCGUGCUCUCCGGGUCCCACACCAUCGGCCGCUCCCACUGCUCCUCCUUCUCCGACCGCAUCUCCACGCCGCCGUCCGACAUGGAACCGGGCCUCGCCACCAUCCUCAAGGGACAGUGCCCCGCCAACCCCAACUUCACGAACGACCCCACGGUGGUGCAGGACAUCGUCACCCCCGACAUGCUCGACAACCAGUACUACAAGAACGUUCUCAACCACAAGGUGCUCUUCAACUCCGACGCGGCGCUGCUGACGUCGAGGGUGACGACGAGGAAGGUGCAAGAGAACGCGCUCAUCCGCGGGAGUUGGGAGAGGAAGUUCGCCAGGGCCAUGGUGAAGAUGUCGCUCAUCGAGAUCAAGACCGCCGCCAACGGCGAGAUCAGGAAGAACUGCCACGUCGUCAACUAGAUGUCUCUUAAAAAAUUGACCAUUCCUCUAAUCCUCCUGCAGCUAUAGCAGCAUCUUAUUGGUAUGCUGCACCCGUUUCUUCAGAGGCACGUACGUUGUUCGAUUCUUUCGUUGCAUCCAGAUGAUCGAUCAGGUUGUUUUUUUUAAUUGAACUCGCCAGAAGAUAAUGUACUCGACUAGAGAUCAGAUGAUUCAAUAAAGCUACUUGUCUUUUUUGGCUGAA